UCUCGCCCAUUGACCAAUCACAAAACAAAAGGAAAUAUCCGUCCAAUCCUAUGGUCCAAUCACCCUUCAUCUGUCCGACAUCACUUCCGGUUGAGGUCCAUGCUCGAAUCUACUUACUCGAAUUAUACACGUUUUGUCGCAGUUUAAGAGUAUAUUAUCCAAUGGCCAAAGACAAAUUUUUGACAAACCCGCCUAAAAGGAAGAAGUUGAGUUCAAAUGUCAGCGAGGUUCAUGAAGAAGAAAUGGACACUAAAGUAAAAAAGAAAAGGAAAAAGAUGGAAGUAGAGGAGGCUCCAGUACAGAUUCCUCAUGUGACAAUCACAGCAGAUGAUAAAAAACAGAAAAAGAAAACGAAACACAAAAAGAAACAAAGGACAGAGCAAACACAGAAGACAAAGCAAAGUGAGAUUUCCAAUCCACCCCAUCGCCCGGAGGGGACACACGAGCUGGAGGGAGAGGAGGACUUAAGUCCCGAGGAGAAGCGUGUCCUGGAGAGGAAGAUGAAGAAGAUCCUGAAAAAGGAAGAGAAGAAGAGGCUUAAAGCUGAGGGAGAGACCUUGCCGAAAACUGAGGCAUCUGGACCCAUUGCACCUCAGCAGGCCUUAGAUUACCUCACCUGCUGGGCUGAGAACCGCGCAGAGUGGAAGUUCCAGAAGACCAGGCAGACGUGGUUACUGCAGCACAUAUUUGACUCCCAACAGAUUCCAGAUGAGAAGUUCUCCGUGCUGCUCCAGUACCUGGAGGGGCUUCGUGGAGGAGCCAAAGACAUCACAGUGCAGAAGGCCUUAGUGCAGGUCGAGGAGUCGGGACAAGCACCAGAGGACACAGAUGUCCAGCAGAGGGCGCACAGAGCCAGAGAAGUUAUCCAGCUGCUCUCCUGAACCCACCACCAUCAAUCAAAAUGAAGCCCACUAGAAAAAGACUGAAACAUGUUUGUUGGUCAGUGGACUGAAUGAGGUCGUGCUAGGUCUCAAGCUAGGUUUCAAACUUGUUUUAUAUGUAGUUUUUUGGACUGGUCCUUAAGGGUAAAUGAUGGGUUUUGAUUAAAUUACCAAUAUUUUUUUUAUAUUUAAAUGUGUCUAGGUUACUUUUUAUUUUUUUCUUAACAUUGCUUGUGUGCACCAUUGCCUGGUAGUAAUCAGUUACCAAAAUAAUUUUCUAAAGUAUGAAAUCUUACAAGUUCAUUUCACACAGUAGCUAUUUUUUUCCAGCUCCAAAUGUAAAUAAUUCAGUCCAGUUUCCCCAUUAUGGGCAGACAAGGAGAGAUAAAGAUGCAACAGACUGCUGAAGUUACAAAGUGUCAGGAAUGUUUGUAGUCAAGACAUGUUUGUGCGUGUCAAAGCCCCAUAAUCUGAAGUCGCUUUUCUCAUUCAUUCAAGGUAUAAACAUGAUUUACAGUUUUAGUUCUCCUCUUCUUUCCAGCCCAGCAGUUCACGAUUCAUACAUUUUUUGUGGAAUUAAUGUAGACCUAUUCUUAAACUAAAUCUGUCUCAUCAUGUGUGGGUGUGGUCGUCCAUACUAUCCAUAUAGCCAAGCUUUUUUGUACCCAUAAUUCACGUCUCAUCCAUGCCCAAAGCAGAUAUAUAAUAGGUACUGUAUAGGAGCAGCUGACGGUUGUGGCUGCUGGAUCACAGAGAAUGUAGGCCUUCUGCACCACAAAGGUUAGUUUUGACUCUUAUUUCAGGUUAUACACUUUUCAGGGGAAACAACUUAGUCUCUAUAUGUAAGUUAAGGCUGGUGACAUCACUUCCUGGAUUUAUAAAAAUAACCAAUUACAGUAAACUUAAUAUUCCAGAGACAUAAAUAACUCCAGAGACAUAAAUAACACCAUAAGCCUAUCUGUUAAUCCUAUGUUUUAGUCUGACACACAUACACACAAAAAACACCAGUUAUUUCAUUAAAUGCUUUAUGUCCUGUCCAU